CAGGAGUCUCCAGAACCAGAUCGAUCCAGCAUCUACCGCUCUCUGGUGGUGAAUACCUCCAAAGAGAUGAUGUGCUUCAGCGAUUUCCCCAUGCCUGACGACUAUCCCAACUACAUGCACAACUCCCAGCUGCUGCAGUACUUCAGGCUCUACGCUGCGCAUUUUCACCUGCUCCAACACAUUCGCUUUCAGACCACUGUGAGGAGUGUUACACAAAGGCCAGACUUCUCAGUGUCUGGUCAGUGGGACGUAGUGACCAUGAACAAAAAUAACGAGGAAGAAAUACACAUCUUUGAUGCAGUUCUGAUGUGUUCAGGACACUACACCCAUCCGGUCUUACCCCUGUCAGAUUUUCUAGGACACGAAACAUUCCUCGGUAGGCUUCUUCACAGCAGGGAAUAUAGAGACGCAGAUUCCUUCAGGGGUGAAAGGGUGGUGGUUGUUGGCUUUGGGAACUCCGGAGGGGAUGUUGCGGUAGAGAUUAGCAGAUCUGCAGAAAAGACCUUUCUCAGUGUUCGGGACGGGUUCUGGGUGAUGAGCAGAAUGGCCCAUAGGGGCCUGCCCGUGGAUAUGACAUUGAUCUCCAGGUUCAACAUCCUCCUGCUGCAGCUGCUCCCCAAGACUUUAAUCAACUGGGCAGCAGAGAGAGCACUGAACCAGAAAUAUGACCAUGAACUCUACGGUCUGAAGCCCAGACACAGACUUCUGGACAAAAGGCCUCUGGUCAAUGAUGAUCUUCCUGGUCGAAUUCUUCAGGGAGCCCUUGUCAUAAAGCCCAACAUACGAGCUUUCAAGGAUUCAGGAGUUACAUUCGAAGACGGGACAGUUGAAGACAACAUUGACUCUGUGGUCUUUUGUACAGGAUAUAAAGGAAUCUUCCCGUUCUUGCCCUCUGCUCUGUCUGAAGGGCCACACAGUGAGCUGACGCUAUACAAAAGAGUGUUUCCUCCGUCUCUUCAACAACCCACGCUGGCCGUCAUGGGUUUUUUCCAAGUGAGGGGACCAAUCAUGCCGAUUGUGGAGAUGCAGGUCCGCUGGGCUGUGAAGGUGUUUUCAGGUUUGACUCGUCUCCCAUCGACGCAGAAAAUGCUUGAAGUCAUUGAGACUGAAAGGAGGUUAAACUUGCCCAGCUUCCCUAACCCUCAACAAGCUGUUCUCCAAGUUGAUUUCAUCCAGUACUUGGAUUUCAUGGCCGAGGAGAUUGGUGUUAAACCACAUCUUUGGAGACUGCUCCUAACAGACCCAGUCCUCUGGGCAAAGAUCUUCUUUGGUCCCUGCACUCCUUACCAGUAUCGCCUCACUGGGCCUGGACAGUGGGCAGGAGCCAGACAAGCCAUCCUCACACAGUGGGAGCGGGUUGCUAAGCCUUUCAGAAGCAGAGCGCUACCAGAGCCAGAGGUCCGGAGGUCUUUCCCGUGUUCUCCCUGGCUAACGGCAUGUGCAGGAACUAUGGUCAUGGCUUUGCUUUUGUCACAUAAGAUUGUCCCGUUAGUCCAACGUGCCACCCAGAUGCUGAGCAGGAGUAAGAGUUUUCUGGGUGAUUUGUGGUUCACUGACUAACCUCAAAGACUUGAAAUAAUCGUCACUUAGAAGAACUGAUGUAGAGUCGGCUGGAUCAAAGCGACUUCACAGGGAAUCAGAGGUAAUCUGGACCUGAGUUGUCUUGCUUUGUGUUUCUUUACUGAGAAUAUACAAAUAGAGUAUACUCAUCUUUUCGCCAGACUCGCUCUUCAUCGCCAUCAGUAAAACUCGCACAUUCUCAGCUCAGCUUACGUUUGCCUUUCUGCAAAUCCAGUUUAACCACUUACCUUUCUUGUCC